AUGGCUCUGCUGAAGGUUCUGCUGCUGCUGGGGCUGGGUGUUUCAGUGAACUCAGAUGUUUCUCUGCAAAAGAGAAUCAUUGGAGGUCAAAACUGUGAUGACACGCAGCGUCUUUAUCAUGUUCGGCUGGAGAGCAGCAAGGGUGAUAAUAAUUACCGCUGUGGAGGAUCUCUGAUCCACCCUGAGUGGAUCCUGACUGCAUCUCACUGCUGGCAGUUUGGGCAAGAAUGGACUAACAUAGCAGUGUUAAAAGUUCAUCCACGGACUGCUGGGCAGCAGAAUCAGGUUAUCCGAGACAAUCCUGUGGUUUAUACUCACAAUGGCCGGCAGCAGGGCAUCAUAUUGCUGAAGCUUCAGACACCAGUAACAGAUGUCCCACUUGCUCGGCUACCAGACUGCAGGCGUCGUCUUAAAACAGGUGAUGUUGUUCAGCUGGCAGGAGAGGCAGCAACGACAAUCGGCCACAAUAAUCAGCGAAUAAGAAAUCCUGGUAUUCAAGCACACCUUCAGUGUGUCGACAUGAGAGUUGUUCGGGCUUCCCAAUUGCAUCAAACACAUGGGCAUUUAUUCUAUGCUGAAGCACCAAACAAGGAUGUAUGCUAUGGCGACGCUGGUGGAGCAGUGGUGUACAACGACAUGAUUUAUGGUGUGACUUAUUUUAGUGGAAGAGACUAUGUAUGUCAGAAACCAACUGCAAUCUUUGAUGUGUGUGAAUACCUGUGGUGGAUAAAACAAACAAUUGGACUUAAAUAAAACAUGAACUAUCAUGUAAUAAAAAUCUCAUCAAAUUUCAUCUCACAUAUAAUUUUAUAAUUGUAUCUUCAUCAGUUUGGUCCACAUCUUUGUAGAAUUAGAAUAAAUCAAUUUUUUUCAAAUUUUUUUUCUCACCUAUUCUUGAUCUCCCUAAUGGAGCAUUCUCUGCCUCAGAAAUGAAAAAUAAAUCAAUAAAUGCAUGAA